AUGCUUGCAAUGCUAUGUGUACGCCGCCGAGCGAUGCGAGCGCUAGACGCAAUACAUGCGUCUCCAAACCAGACUCUAGUAUAUCGCCGCCCUAGCGAUCCACGCUUUCUCAUGGUCGCCGCGACCCGUACGGGACAAAAGUCCAAGCACUUCAAGACCUACAUGUACGACGACUCCCGACCAUGUACACCCAAUGAAAUUGCCACUGCCCUGACUUCGGUCGCUCGCCUGGGAGGUGCUUACGAUGCUGCAGGUGGUUAUGCCCAUCGCCGCGGUGUCGCCCAGGAUGCAAAGCAUUUUGGGAACUACUUCAAGGCGACUAUGUAG